CUCCUCGGGGCAGACGACGACGACGGUGACGAUGUUCGAGGGGGCUAUAGCGGCAUUUUUGAACCGCCUGCUGGGCAGGUACGUGGAGGAUCUGGAUACGGAGCAAUUCAAUGUCGGUAUUUUCUCCGGGGAUACGUGCCUCACCGACCUGAAACUGAAACCCGAGGCUCUGUAUCAACUGGGAUUACCUAUUAGAGUAGAGAUUGGCUUGAUAGGAAAAAUUAUUUUGAAAAUACCAUGGUCUGGACUUUUCUCGCAACCCAUUGUGAUAUGCAUAGAGGAUGUAUACGCAGUAGCAGUACCUGCAUUAUCUGGACCAUAUGACCCAGAGAUACAGAAACGUUUAAUAAGAGCAGAAAAAAAGAAGAUACUCGAGGAUCUUAGAGACAAUGAAAUAUUUAGAGCUGGUCUACCUCCACAACUAUUCGAUGGUCUAUUGGCGUCAGUCACAAAAAACUUUCAGAUUACUAUAAAUAAUGUACAUAUUAGAUAUGAAGAGAAAAUAUUGCGCAACUUUCUUUGUGCCUGUGGUAUAUGUAUACAAAGUAUAUCCAUAACUACUACCAACAACAAAUGGAAGCCUGGGGUGUGUGCUACAAACUCGCAAACGGUGUACCAGCUUAUACGCGCGGAAUCGCUCAGUGUGUACAUGGAUCACGACACUGAAUCCUGCAUAAAUGUUCAGGGUAAUUGGGACAUGUCCAAUUUGCUCGCGUGGAAAAUCACGAUGCAUAGAGCUCUGCAGACGUUUGGGAUGAAGAACAAGGAGUUUCAGUUUUUGUUGAAGCCGUUCACAGCAAAGAUUAAAGUCAUCAUACACAAAGGCACAGAAAUGCAAGCUUCACGUAUGUUAGUCGAUAUUGUACUCCAGGAUGUAGCGAUGCAAUUAUCCGAAGCGCAAUACGCCACUUUUUGUCAUAUUCAUGACUCUUUACUACGCGCAACUAUUAACAGACCAUAUGCUAAAUAUCGCCCUGAAAAAACCGUGUACGAGGAAUCGUCAGCUUGGUGGAAAUAUGCAUAUAAUUUUGUUCUGAAUCAUUAUAUUAAGCCGUACACUUGGUCAUGUAUAGCCAAACACAGAGAAAAUUACAGAAAAUACAAAGAGACAUGUAUCCAAAGUUUGCAACGACCAAAUGAUACAGAGUUGAAACUGGAUAUGCAAAAACAGGAAGACAACUUGACAAUAUUAAAUAUAGUGAUUGCAAGAGAGCACGCUAGACAGGAAUUGAGAAACAAGGAUAUUGAGCGAGAGUGCCAAAUCACAACAACGAGUCCAUCGAAAGAAGUCAAUGCGGAAACCAUAUUACCGGAUGAUAACGAUCAAACACAAGAUAAAACAAAUCAAUGCAACAAAGGUGAAAAUCAAAAUUCAUUGCCGGAUAUAACGCAAAAUUCAUCAGUUUCAAAGAUAAAACCAGGGAAGUCCCUGAAACAAAUCGAUUAUAAAUUAAACUUUACUUUGGCAAAUUGUUGCCUGAGUCUUUUAAGCAAAGGCAAAGAAAUGCUGAUCGUAACUGUCACGCAAUUUCUGACAAGUAUUGAGGCACGGCCUACAUUAUUAGCUUUCAAGAUAUCUGUUCGUGCUGAAAGUUUUGUAAUUGAAGCUAUAUCAACUGAUGGUGAUUUGGUUCCUUUGAUUACAGUGGAUAACGUGUUAACAGGAAAUGUGUCUACGUAUUUUUUGGCGAUAGAUUUUGAGAAAAAUGGAUUAAAUAUGGAUCCUAUUUUCGAAGUGUCCAUAAAGCUGGAAGCCAUUGAAGUGACUUAUCAUCACUUUGCAAUAGUGGAAAUUAUAAAUUUUUUCAAAUUUAAUACCAAUUACCUUUACGAUACGAUUCGCGGAGCAUACAAACUGUGGGACUGCGUCAAAAGAAGAUAUCUGAACUUUGUGGAUGAUAUCGUCUCACAGACAUUGAGAAUCAGUUUUAAAAUUGACAUCAAAAGUCCUUACAUCAUAUUUCCCGAACACGGAUCAGUUCAAAAAGGAGGGCAUAUACUUGUUUUGGAUCUCGGUAACAUAACGUUGACCAACGAGCUUCAAGCAACGAAUUUGCAAUUGGAGGAUGCUACUCUCAUGGAACUAGAAGAAUUACUAUAUGACAGACUCAAUAUGAUGUUCUCCGGUGCGCAAAUUUUAUUUUGUCAUUCGGGCGAUGAUUGGCGCUUAGCGAGAAAACGUAGUGAUUCAGAGUAUCAUUUGUUACCUAAGUUGCAAGCAAACGUGACACUCUCAUACAGUAUUAGACCCGAAUAUCGUCAAUUACCACGGACAAAACUCAAUGUACACAUCUCGAACAUGAAGUUUAAUCUAUCGGAAAAUAAAUUGCGACUGCUGGCGUAUUUUCUGAAUAAAUUGCUAGUUCUGUACGAGAACAAUAUUGAGAAAUAUAAAGCUACCGUAAAAAAUUCAAUUUCCGGACGAAAAUCUAGUAUUGUUUUUAUUUCUACGAAAGAAUUGAUGAAAGUACAAUCCAGCGUAUGCUUGCCAUCUGUCAUAAUGGUGCAUAGUGAUUUUAAACCUGUCAUUAAGGAAGUUGUCACUAAUAAUGUACCAAAGCUUGAUAGGAGUGUCGUCUCUUCGGAAGUUAGUGAAGAGGAUUUAGAAUUGUUAUCUAAAACGAUUAACUUGUCCGGAUUUGACGAUAAUAUAUCUCCGUGUAAUCACAUUAAUUUGUUACUUCGAUUUGCUAUAGGAGAGUUCUCCGUAAAUCUGGAAGAUAUGGCGGAUAGCCGAGAACAGCCUUAUUUAAAUUUGAGAUUGCAUACCUUGUACUACGAAACAGCUAUAAUGGAAUAUGGCGUUGCCGUUCAGUUUGGUAUCGGGUCAAUUUUUCUGGUCGAUAAGACAAACGCUGGCGUUACGGGAUCUUAUCUGGAACUGAUAUCCACUGACGAGUCUUACGAAGUCCUCGUUGUGUCGUAUCGCAAGGUUAAAUCAAAUUGUCCCGAUUUCAAGUCGCAUUUUAAAAACAUUGAACGCUCGCUGGUUGUAAAUUUGCUGAAUAUUAAUGUAAACUUUCAUAGAUCCGCAUUGUUGAAAAUGAAAAAUUACUGGAAUAAAUUUCAAUCUGUAUGUCAAGAUACUCUCUUAUUCAAGUACGCUGAGAAGGUGUGCAGUAAUAUUAUGAAAUGGGAACAGCGGGAUAUUGAUCCACCUAUCCCACCGGGUGCAAUUAAAUUGAAUUAUUCAACUAGACUCAGCUCGUUGGUAGUGAGAUUUUGCGACAAGGAUAUAGAUUUAAUGCAAGUUAAGAUUUUGGGUUUGGAAAAUGAUUGUAUCUACAAUGCGAACGAAAGAAUGGUGUUGCGCGCACAUCUUAGGAGCAUAGUUGCUGAAGAUUUGAUUGAUGAUACGCUUUACUCCAAAAUUUUGACGACCGACGAAGAUAAAGUUUUUGAUCUGAAAUACGUUAGACACACUCCAAGAUUAUAUAAAUGUUCAGAUAUCGAUACAAAUCAGGAUGAUGUGAUGUCGGAUGGUACCUUCAAGCUUUCUAUUGGACGAAUAAAUUGCAUAAUCAUUUCUAAAAUUCUAUAUGAUUUACGGAAUUUUAUAAUACCGUUUACUUCCACACAUUACACGCGUUUUUUGUAUUACCUGAAAAAUAAAUUCGUUGGAGGAAUUGAACUGUUUAAGAGAAGCGCGACGAAAUUGCAUAUUUUUAUCGAUAUACAAGGGCCUACUUUUUUACUACCACAAAAGAAAGAUGCCCCCAGUCUUUUGGUUUUUGAUACAGGCAUAUUAUCGGUUGAAAAUUUUUUUAAGAAUAGUGGACAGUCGAUCAAAGCAAUCGCUAGCGAUAACAAUCAAUUAAUAAUCGAUAAUAUUUUGGUUAAAUUAAAAUCUAUGACUGUGUCUAGAGCAAUUAUGACAUUGACUCGAGAUUUAGAAGUUCAGGAACCCAUUAUCGAGCCUAUACAAAUUCAGUUUGAUAUCAAGAGAAAAACGGAAUACCGUAGCAUUAUUGAAUUUCAAACUUAUGGUUUAUUCAAUGUACAAGGGGCUAUUGAUGUCGUAAAUAUAAACCUAAGUCAGAGGGAUCUCAAAUCCCUCAUAUCAGUGUGGCAAGAUAAUAUUUCCAAGAUACCACUGCUUAAGAAAAUUGGUGAGAACGAAGAUAGAACUUUGACGCAAGAUUCCCAAAAGAAUAGUAACCACGACGAUGUUAUGGUAAAGAAACUGGAAAACUUCUUAACGCACAAUGAAACAGCACUGUGCGAAAUCAACAUAAAACUUGCGUUGGAGGGUUUGCAUUUAAAUUUGUUCAUGGAUACGGAAGAGGUGUUGAGCUCUCCUGUGCGCGAUUUAAAUCACGGUCUGUGCAAGCUAAGCUUCGGAGAAACUAUUAAUACUUGGGAUUUUUAUAGCGACAAAAGUUUAAAAAUGAAAUUGUCUUUGCAAAGUUGCUUAUUGCAGGACACUCGCAAAGAUUCUGUCGUUGAGAAAAGGAUCAUUCAAUCGCCGGCGAUAUCUUUAGAAAAGAAUUUAGAGUCCUGUAUUUCUGUGUCGAUGUCUCCUAUAGUCGAUGUCACGUACAGUCGUACUCAAGCAGAGGAAAAGUGUUUCGAUGUUCUUAUUCAAGAUAUACGAAUUAAUUUGUCUGUGCCUUUCUUGAUGCAUUUGGGACGUUACUUUCUGGAUUCCUUACCUGGUGAACAGAUAGAGAAAGGAAUUAUUAAUCAUGGAUAUGAUAACAACAACCAGAUGAACCGGAAUGCUUUAAAUGCAGAUAUUGACAAAUUAAAUCGUUCGCAAUAUUUUAAGGAGCAACCAGGUACUUCUAUAUCAAUUAGAAUACAAAAGCCAGACAUCUUUCUAUUCGGUGAUUUGGAGAAGAGUAGCACGCACGUGAUACGAAUGCAGGCAGAAGUGUUUAUUGAAAGUAGCAGACACAGUCGAUCCUCCUCGAUAGUCUGCACUCUGACCAAUGUCAAUGCCAAGACUAAAGGACAGGGGAAUUACGAGUCCCCAUGUUGGUUGUUACGUCCCUGUGAUAUUGAAAUUUGUAAAAAGAAGUUGUCUUGCGGUAAUGAAGAAAUUACCGUUAUUAUAAAUAAUAUUAAUGUACAUCUGUCGGCGGAAGUGAUCCAUACUUUUGUCGACAUAUCGAAUGAAGCAUCGAUUUUCCUGAAUAGUAUUAAUUUGAAAACGGAUGACGACAUCAAUCAGAAUGCAAAUGUGCACAACAAUCUUUGGACCCCAAGAAAAGUUUCUAGUAUACCGUAUAAGAAAACUGACGAAAGUGACGCGGAAUUGUAUCGUCGCCGCAGCGAUCAUGUAACAUUCAAUCUGAGACCCGUACUAAUCUGUUUAUUGUUGGAAAUGGAGCAUCCCAUAGGAAGAUUUCCAGUAAUGAGAACGGAGACUGUCGUCACCACCACUAUUAACGAUUGGCGUAACAAUUUUCAUCUCGAAUCUAACGUAAAACUUCAAGCGUUCUGCUACAAUAGAGCUCACCAGAAUUGGGAGCCAUUCGUAGAGUUUUGCACGAAAGAUGAUGCAAAUUAUAAACCAUGGGACUUUACUAUCAAGAUCUAUCGAGGCGAAGCGAGUAUGAUUAACUCUAAUUGGACGGAUCCUUGUCACCGUAUAAAGCAAGAUCCAAUGAAAUUCAAAAAGAAAGACAUGCGAUACAGUGAAGAAGAUAUGACAGAUAUGACGUUCAUUGGACCUGAUGUUGAUAUGAUCUCUGUCACAAAAACAGAGCCUGAAACUUAUGUCACGUACGAGGAUGAAUCCGACACGGAUGAUGACGAGAGCGAAACGAAGUUAACGAGAAUUUCGAAUUAUUUAUUUAGUAAUGACAGUGACGACGAAGAGAGCGAUUCCGACGAUUCAAGUACAAACGAGGAUGAGGACUUUGAAUUGAUCCUAGAUUGCAAUCCUGAAUGUUAUAAUCCCGUUACAUGUACACCGGCGAAAACAAAUGUCUCCGCACCGCACAUUAUUGUAUAUUCGGAAGACAAAAUUAACAUUACUAUAACGCAAGACAUGAUUGCAAUAUGGAACGCGAUCUUGAACGCGUACACGCAGGCGAGAGGUGGAAUCUUGUUUGUACCCACUAACACGCGAGAAUUGACUGUGCUGAAUGACAUAGGCCACGCGAGUCGAGUGGAAUUGCUUGUUCAAGAAGAAAAAGACGGAAAGAGCGAUACGCGCAUCGUAGCCGCAUACAAUUUUCACGAUGGAAACUCGCCGGUCAGCGUGCCCAGCAGUCCUGAAAACGAACAGGUGGCUGAUCUCACGAGUCCCCAGUGGGCCGGUAAAGAAACCGCUGUGGUGGUGUCGGAGUGUAAAGUUUUUUCCACCGACUCGCCAGUGCACGUCUACAAAUUAAUAACCGGCCAACUCCUUCGUGUCAUCUUUGACGGCUUUGAAGACAUAUUGGUCUAUUGCCCGAAGAAAGAAACGCGUAAUCUCGUAUCGCUUCGUCCUGUGAGACACGAGGUUCGUUAUUACCUGAUAAUAGAAGCAUCGAUAAACACUUAUUUGCACCGUACAAUUUGCGUGCGAUCUCCACUACAGUUUCGAAACGAAACCUCGUACGCAUUAGGACUUUAUUAUAAGAAGGCGGUGAUGGACAAAUUGGGUCUGACGGUAACUGGUGAAACUACGAAUCCUUUCGAUCAUAAUGUGAGAAUGGUGAUUAUAGAACCUGACGCAACUUAUAACAUUCCUCUAUAUAUUGCUUAUCAUUGUCCUAUACAUGUUCUUCCUGCGUAUCUAGAGAAAUAUCAAGUCAGCGAAGAAGGAAUUUAUUGGAAAGAUUUGAGGGAUACAGCAAAUGCGUUUAAAGACGUAUGCUGCGAAGCGAAAGGCGACAAUAAUAGUAAUGUAUUCUGUGUCAGGGCGAUAUGCACGGAAGUCCCGUUAACAACUCGUCCCUCAGGCUGUCAAGUGCCGAAUUACUUGAUAAAUAUCGUACCACCUAUUAUUUUCAAUAAUCAGCUACCCUUCGUCAUCGAUGUCAGUAUACCUGGCAUCAAUUACGAGGUGAAAAUCGAACCCGGAGAGAAAAUAAAUAUGCACUCUCUGAAUCAAAGCAGUAACGUUCAAUUUGUUUUCAAGAUACACAACUAUUUAGGCACGACUUGGAUGGGCGCGGUAAAGCUAAAUAUGAAUCUAGAGCGCAAGUUCGUGUUAAUGUCUGCAGAUAACGAGUCAGAUUUGACGAAGCCUUUUUUGCUGUGCUUAGAGUUGUGCAAAAUUCUCAGCUGGAACAUUAUUAUACAGUCGCAGUAUUGGAUAAUAAAUAAAUCUGGUUUGCCGUUGUUUAUCCAGGAUUGUCAUUCUCAUACAACGUAUGAGAUGCCGGAAGAGGAAUUAAUGGUAUUCUCCCAGAAAAACAAUAAAAAGAGCAUGGUACGAUUAAGAGCCCAUCAAUCCGAAUGGUCAUUGCCAUUUGGACUAGAUGGGAUCACGUCGAUGUCGUUGAUCGUAUGUCGCGAUAUCGAACGCGGACGAAAGUAUCAGAUUUUGACGGAGAUUGAGAGUUCUCGUUUGUCACCGAUUUUCACCAAGAUAAUAACGUUUCUACCGUACAUCUUCAUCUAUAACAAAACUAAAAGAGCCUUGAGAUUCAUGGAGGAGAAUGAAGAGGCCGAUUUAUGGAACGAUCUCUUACCCGGUCAAGAAAUGUCGUUCUGGCCCGCCACUAACUCUAUGAAGAUGAAAGUAAAGUGGAGAAAUAGCCAGUUGGUCUCUCAACACUUUGAUAUUACGCAUGUGGGCAAAACUGUAUUGAGAAUGGAUAACGGGACGGCAUUAUGCGUGGAGAUCGAAGGCGAUGUUAAUACUCCAUACCGCAUAACAUUCCGGAGGUACAUUACUGGCGAUAUACCCGUGAGAGUGGAUAAUCUCUGCGACAAACUGUUUCUGAAACUGAAUCAAGUUGAUUUAGGCCAAGUUGCGCUUCUCAAACCAUUCCAAAGUUUGCUGUACACUUGGGAUGACCCCACUCAAACAAGAGAAUUGAUCUGGAACGUUUACAAUAAUAACGCAGUCGGCUAUAGAGCGCAAUUUGAGACGGACGGCUGCGGGCAUGAAAAGGUAUCCUUCAUAACUAUCGAACGACGCCAUAGCGCGUCUCAUUCUUCUGUCACUCCCAAGUCGCUGGCAAAUACAAAGUCGUGGUCGGAGGAUACGAGCGAAAGUGUCAAUCACGUUGCUAACGCGGAAACCGAGACAAAGUCGCAAACGUUAGAGCACGUGCAUCAGGGUGAAGCAGAGGUUUAUUGGGUGAGCUAUAUGGAAGGUGGUCAACGUGUGCUGCUGUUUACACAGCACGAGAGUGUGUACCUGAAAGCGAGGAGCAUCAUCGAUCCCGAGGCGAGCAAGAGAGAAAUAUUCUUGUCAAUCGCAUCUAUCGGAAUCAGCGUUGUUGUACAAGAAUCCGAUCUUCAUAACGUUAGACGGGAGUUAUUAUACGCUAGUGUGAUCGACUCAGCCGCGCAUUGGGAGCUUUACUUUAGCAAACGAUGGAGGAAUCUUUCGCUAGAACUAAGCGCCUGGUUAGAAAAUAAAUACACGAAUUCUACGAAGACGGCACAACUCGAGAAUUUCAUUGAUGUUGACUUUACAAAAAUGCAAAUGACUAAACCGUUCUUCGGCAAGCUACGAAGGACACAUUCGCCAGGUAUCUGGUUGCAUUGUAGGGAAUCUACGACGCUUUGUUACUUGCAAGGAUACGUUCAUAGGAUACAGAUCGAUAAUCAACUCAGCGAAGCUAUCUUUCCGGUAGUUCUAUAUCCCAACUUGCAAAAGACUUUUGUGAAUUACGCUGGAAGUCGCAGAUUGAAACAUUGCUUAGAGUUCUCGUAUUUGAAACAACGCAAAUUAAGAAGUAUUAUUUACAAAGGAAUAUGCGUCAUCGUCAGGGAAUUCAAUUUGAAUCUAGAAGAGACCUUCCUCUGCUCCUUAAUCAAUUUGAUACCCAAGAAACCGGAAACUAAACACUCGAUCGCCGCGAAACUCAGGAGAGACGUGUCCAACAUGCGUGUUCCUUCGGUUCGCAAAAUUAGUAAUGACACGAACGGCAAGAAGAAAGAUUUAAUAGAGCAGAUAUACAUUUCUCCGAUGGCGUUGCGCUUGAGAUUAUUGGCAAACUCGGAUGGAUCUAACGCACGUAAUUUCAGCAACGUGCUCGGUUAUCACAAUGUUCUUCGAUUUAUCUACGAGUACGCGGAGAAGGGUACGUUUGAGAGGGAUGUUGAAUUCAGAUUGCCCGACUAUCGAAAGAGUUUCAUGGUUGUUAACAACGAUCGAUUCCUCUUGGAUCUUUCUCGCGUUUAUGUAGCCCAGAUUAUGGAACAGUUUCACGUGUUGGUGCGUUUAACUACCGUCCUGGGAAAUCAGUAUGGAUACAACUUUAAGUCGCCAGGGAGCAAUUUCUGCGAGCCGGAUUUGUUACUGAUGUGCGGAGACGAAUCUGCGGAGAAGUUGGCGCACGAGGUCGCAUGCGAACUGGGACAUGCUACGCCCGACGGUAUGCAAGCCUCAUUUUUAAUCGGCCACGACGCUCACACGCUUCAUUACAAGAUGAAAGAUACGAAUUAUCGGAAUCCAGAUGUGCCGCCAUCGGCGUUUUCAGUCGAUCAUUCGUUCGCUACAGAAAUCGAUUUGGAAACCUCCGGUUUGAUCACUACGUCGACGAAUAGCAUUCAUCGAGAAGAAUUAAGAUAUUUCUUCAAAACAUUGGGAAAGAAAACAUCCGUGCUGUUCAAGGCAGAAAGCUCUUGUUUGAAAACUUACUCAAAAGUAAUAGCUGACAUAAUAAAAAGGGCGCAAGAAGUGGGUCUCGUAUCAAGAGUGCGAUUGCCACGGUAUAUUAAUCCACAUUUCGGCGUGGAGUCGUUCUCGACGCACAAAGCGAAGGGAGCGUACCUAUUGAACGCUAUAAGUAAAGGUCACUGCGUUCAGAAUGAUUGUUACUGGGGACACGCUGCGCUUCACAGCGACGGAAAAUACAUUACGCUCGUAUCUCUGCAACGGAUAUACUACAUCGAGAAAGGAAAUACAUGGGGAUCGUGGAACGUGAAAUGGACUUUAGAAACUAAUCAAUUGUUGUCACCACCAACUGUCGCUAAAAACAAACUUGUCUUGCAUAUAACAGAGAACGAGGAAGAAACGUCAUCGUCUAUGGUAGAUUGGUACGUGGAGAGCGAGGCCGCGGAUAUCCUGGAAUGGCUGUGUCGCAAAGUGAACAACACAAUGAUUCUGAACAUGGAGAGCGGUAUUUGUUCCAAAUGAGAAUUGGGAAUUCGUUGACGAGGCCACCGCAAGGGGGAAACAAAGAACAAAGAGGAUGAAGAGAUCGGUGUAUUUACAUAUUUAGUUCAACGUAAUAAAAGUCUAUACGGUGAAUGCAAAAAAGGAAAAA